AUGGCUCUACAAGAGAGGCUGGACAAGAUUCGCUCGUCGCCUAAGCUUCAGAAUCAACAGCAAGCGUCUGUGGUUCUGAAAGCUGUCGACGAGACCCUCCAAGCACAGAAAACCGAUCCGACGCCGACCGCAUAUUUCGCCGCGCUGCUGUCGCUGCUAGGACAGUACAUUUCCAGCGAGAAGGGAAUCGUAAAGAAGGAAUUCGCAACGUCUGUAGUCUACUUGCUAGACCUCGUUACCAGCCAUGUCCCAGCGCCACUCCUGCGAUCGAAGUUCCCGCAAAUUCUGAACAGUCUUGCGCCGGCACUGGCGCACCAAGACGCAGAUGCGCCGCUGUUAAGAGCAAGUGUCGGUUGUCUGGAGUCGUUGCUGAUCGCGCAAGACACUCAAGCAUGGGCUUUGCCUCAAUCUCCUACCAGCCCGAGAGGCGCUGUGGGUGGCCUGCUGGCCUUGACUGUGGAUCAUCGGCCGAAAGUUCGAAAGAGGGCGCAAGAUGCACUGAGCAAUGUGUUGAAGCAGCCUCCGCCGAGUCCAUCGCUGGAUCAUCCAGCUGCGGACAUGUGUGCUGAGACUGCUUUGCGACAUCUACAAAACGCAGCGGAACAAGCGAGCGGCAAGAAGAAAAAGCAGCGACACAGAGACGAGAGCCAGCAUGAUCCGAGUCUUAUGCACGCUUUACAGUUGGUUAAAACUGUAGCGUCUGCCCAGAAUGGCUGGCCGAGCAGAAAGAUUGAUGCAUUAUGUGAGCUGUUGCUCAACAUCUCGAAGGGCAGCAACGAGUUUCUGACCAUGGCUGCUUUUGACAUUUUUGAGAUCAUCUUCGCUGGACUGGCUGACGAAGUUUCUUCGUCGAAAUUGCCAAGGUUACUGGAAAUCAUCACUGAACUACAACCUUCUCAAAACGACACCCAGCUCCUGCCUCCCUGGAUUGCUGUACUAAGUAGAGGCUAUGAUGUUUCCUCGCAAAUUGAGCCGGAGGAGACGUUCCAGAAGCUGCCAGAUCUUUUCGACAAGAUUUCUGCCUUCCUCGCUUCCUCCUCGCACAACAUCCGAGUAUCGUCUUCUGAAUGUCUAAUUUCGCUCCUUCAUACUUGCAUACCAGAUUCUGUGCUUCUGGAUGGCUCGGUCAUGGAUGAUCGUGUCCUGGAGAAGAUGCCAUCGUGCGCGGCGCCAUGGGCAGGCAGGAGCAGAGAUGCUGUUCUCGGGGCAGCGAUUAAGGCAGCAGGACCUAAGAAUGUCCUAGCAGUUCUGCCACUCAAUCUUGGUGGAAGAUCUUCAGGGCCAGGCCGUGCCUGGCUGCUUCCCAUCAUGCGUGACUCUAUCAGCAACACCGAGCUAGGACACUUUCGCUCAGAGCUUGUGCCUCUCAGCGAGACCAUGUUCCAACGCGUGCUCAAUCACGGCAACGCUGAGAAAACUAUGGAAGUCAAGAUCUUUGAGACAGUGGUCGGUCAGAUCUGGUCUUGUCUUCCUGGAUAUUGCCAGCUACCACUCGAUUUGAAAGAUACUUUCGACCAGACUUUCGCCGAACUCCUCAGCAAUCUCCUCUACCAGCAGCCACAGCUUAGGACCGACAUAUGCAAAGCCUUGCAGAACUUAGUCGACACCAACAAGGUAAUUGCGGAGCUCGAAGAGGAGCACGAGGACCUGGUACAGCAAGGACGAGUUACAAAAGCUGAUGCUCAGCAAAACCUGAAUUAUCUUGGUGAGCUCGCCGGCCCACUUCUCGCCAUCCUAUUCAACGUGUAUAGCCAGACGCUGCCUCAGAAUCGCGGCAAUCUCUUGCAAUGCAUCAAUGCCUAUCUCAGCAUCACUCCAGAGCAGGAACUUCUCGAGACAUUCCAGCGUGUCGCAGCUCUGCUUGAGAGCUCCUUGGCAGAGUCUGGUUCUCAGACACAGGCCGAUAAGCAGAAGACAGCAGGCAAAGAUGGCAAGGAUAAGAUGCCGCCGACUUCACAUACGCUGAUGGACCUGGUCAUCACAAUGUCUACUUAUCUCCCGCGAGAGAGCUUUGCUGGUCUUUUCAAUAUGGCGGCCACUGUGGUAAACAAGCAAGACGAUCCCCAAUUACAAAAGAAAGCAUAUAAGCUUAUCCCACGACUCUCUGAAUCAGAAAGUGGCCGCUUGGCUCUUGCUGAGCGUAGUGCAGAUCUUCAGCAGUUGCUCAUCGAUGCAGCACCGAAGACAUCGGCACCGGCACGGAGAGACCGAUUGGCAUCGAUUGCAGAGAUCAUCCCUGGCAUGCCGAAGUCUGACUUAUCCUUUAUCUUCUCCAUUCUCUCCGAAGUCGUCAUCAGCUGCAAGGAAGUGAACGAGAAGGCUCGCACCGCAGCGUUUGAUCUCCUGGUGCUCAUGGCAGAAAAAAUGGCUGAAGGUGGUACAAUCAUCCAGUCAAAGGUUCCGCACAUGCCGACAGAUGCUCCUUCAGCAGCAGCGAGUCUAGAAGAAUUCUUCACAAUGGUCUCGGCAGGCCUUGCUGCGACAUCGCCGCACAUGAUCUCAGCAGCCAUUACCGCUUUGACGAGACUUUUGUACGAGUUCCACGGGCGCUUGUCUGAGCAGACAGUCUCGCAGCUUGUUCAGACGAUGGAUACCUUCCUUGAAUCCAAGAACCGUGAAAUCGUGCGUUCCGCGCUUGGUUUUGUGAAGGUCUGCAUCAUUUCUCUACCGAACUCACUGGUACUCCCGAGGCUGGAAACACUCGUUCCAAAUCUGAUUACAUGGAGCCACGAACAUAAGCAGCACUUCAAAGCAAAGGUCAAGCAUAUCUUUGAACGGAUGAUUAGGCGAUUCGGUGUCGAAGUCGUGCAACGAUACACGCCCGAGGCGGACCAGAAGCUGAUCACGAACAUUCGCAAGACACGAGAGAGGCGCAAGAAGAAGCGUGACGCGGAAGACGGCGAAGAUGAAGCACCUGCCCAACCACGCCAGGGCAAGUUCGAAAGCGAAUACGACCAAGCUGUCUAUGGCUCAGCAUCAGAGACAGAGUCCGAUAUCUCAGACGAUGAAGUGCUUGGUCGCUCAGUUGCAAAGGGUCAAAAGGCGAAACAAAGCGGACAGCAGUAUAUCGUGGAAGAUGACGAGGAGCCUCUUGACUUGCUUGAUCGCAAGGCCCUUGCCCACGUGUCAUCUACGAAACCUUCAAAGAGGCGCGAAAUGCCCAAUGGCUCGACCAAGAAGAAAGCCAAGACUGAUCUUGAUGGAAAGUUGGUGUUUGACGAGGGUUCAGAUAUUGAAGUGCUCGACUUUGAUGAGUCGGGAAUGAUCGAUGGCCAGGAGCCAGGCGAUGGAACACUCGAGGGCGGCAUCAAUGCUUACGUCGAGGCCAUCAAGAGCAAAAAUGCACCACAGCGAGGUCAGCGUGGCAAGUUGAAAUUCAAGAACGUGCGUGGCGAUGAUGAAAUGGAUAUCGAUGAGGACGAUGCCAUUGCUGCGAAGAAGAAGCUUGAUGCGAGGAGGCCUAGCAAGCACACAACAAAAAGGAGAGGACUCGGUGGGGAAAAGACGAAGAGCGGUUUUGCUGGGGACGUCAUCAUCCUCCUCGCCCUCAUCGCCAACGACAUUGAAGAACUUCAAGCUGUACUCGCCCUUGGAGGUGCUGACAACACGGAGCCAGUCACGGAGCUGCUGCUUCUUGAGGAACUUCUUGGUCAAGUACUUGAGGUAGCGACCAGAGAACUCCUGGUGGGCAACGACCUCGAUGCGUCCAUCGCCGAGGUUGGAGACGGUGAUGGUGUCGCCAAGGUUGCCGGUGCGCCCGUCGACCUUGAUGCGCUGCUGAAGGAAGGUCGCGAAUGCGGAUGGGUCGAAGAUGCGGUCUUGGGUGGGCUGAGUAGCGUUGAUGAUGAACUAGAAGACGUACAGUCAGUGGAUAGCCUAACGAGAGUAGGCAUGUGUUUGGAAAUACCUUGUUGGUCACCUUCUGGCCCUUCUUCGCGCCACCGGCGGUUGCUCUCUUCUGUUCAAACACUUUUCUCAGCCUACUGCACUAUGCCGAACUGCCAUUCAAGGCGUCGGCGGGCAGCAAAGCGGUAUACGUACGGUUGCAGGCAUUUUCGCUGUUGUCGGUUGAUGCGACGCAAAGAAAUGGGUAUCCUACGUCUGGUGCGACUUGUGGUGUGGUCUGGUCGUGAAGUCGGUCGUGGCAGAGCAGAAUUUCGAAUGUCGCUGCCGAAAAUGGUCGCCAAGAUUUUGCGGGUGCUUACAUAA